AUGAUAAAUGGUCCCAGGGUCUCCCAGCAGAACAUUGCCCAAAUCAUCACACUGCCUCUGUUGGCUUGCCUUCCUCAUACUGCAUCCUGGUUCCAUCUCUUCCCUAGGACAGAGAUGGGGAAGAUUGUAGUGAAAAAGGACAAACCAUCUUCUGGGGAGCAGGAAAAAAAAAAAAACAAUGUUAAACCUACCAAAAAACAGAAAAAGAAGAAAUUCUGGAAAAAAACCAUCCAAAAAUCACCACCAAGCAGGCCGAGAUCAGAAAGAUGUCUCUGUUACUUCCACCAAAGAAGCCUGAAGAGUUUUCUUCCAACUGGAAAACACUGCAGGCAUUACUGACAUCUGAGAAGAACAUCACUAAUACUGAAUCAACACCGGAAAACCCCCUUAAAAAGGAGGAAAAAUUACCAAAGUUAGGAAAGCAGAAGGCUGACCCUCUAAUUAAACAAAACCCCUCCAGUGUCCCCACAGUUAAAGAGGGUCCAACUGAUGACAGAACACUAAAGAGAGCUGCAGAGGAUACUGGGAUUGCAGACAAGAGAAGGGAGAAGAGGAGGAUUUUACAAGCAAAAGUGGAAGAAAAACCUUCUAAACAUCACAAGAAGAAAGCAACGGAAACAAACCUCCCGGUGACACCAAAGGUUGACCUUUGGUUUGAUGACGUGGAUCCAGAUGACAUAGAGGCAGCGCUGGGGCCAGAAGCUGGUCAGAUUGCCCGCAAGAUGCAAGGUUUGCCAGAGAAGAAGACUGAUGCAUUAGAUAUGAUCCUGGUGAAAGAUCGAGCAUUUGAGGGGCUUACCAGGACAGUUGCAAUGGACUGCGAAAUGGUUGGAGUGGGCACAGAUGGUGAAGAAAGCAUAGUUGCUCGGGUGUCUAUUGUCAAUCAGUUUGGCAAGUGCAUUUAUGAUAAGUAUGUUAAACCCACGGAACGUGUUACUGACUACAGGACAGAGGUCAGCGGCAUCCGGCAUGGGGAUAUUAAGAAAGGUGAGGAUUUUAAGGUUGUACAGAAAGAAGUAUCUGAAAUUCUUAAGGGGCGUAUCUUGGUUGGUCAUGCUGUGCAUAACGAUUUGAAGAUUCUCUUUUUGGAUCAUCCUAAAAAGGCCAUAAGAGACACCCAGAAAUACAAACCUUUCAGAAGGGAGGUGAAGAGUGGACGUCCAUCUUUGAAACUUCUGUGUGAAAAGAUCCUCCAUGUCAAAGUACAGACAGGUGAACACUCCUCAGUCCAAGAUGCACAGGCCGCCAUGAGGUUAUACACCAUGGAAAAGAAGAACUGGGAAUCUGGCAUUAAAGCGAAAUACAACAAAACUAAAGUGGGACCCAGAAGAAGGAACAGUCUUCUGAAUAGCACUGGCUAG